CUACAAGCUGCUGCAUACGAGGGAAACGAAUCGGUUGUGCGGCUUCUCCUAGAGCGUGGGGUAGAGGUGAAUGCUCAGGGUGGCUUUUACGGCAGUGCACUACAAGCCGCAGCACGUGAGGGAAAAGAAUCGGUUGUGCGGCUUCUCCUCCAGCACGGGGCGGAGGUGAAUGCUCAUGAUGGCGACAAUGGCAAUGCACUACAAGACGCUGCAUACGGGGGAAACGAAUCGGUUGUGCAGCUUCUCCUCAAUCAUGGGGCAGAGGUGAAUGCGCAGGGUGGCGAGUAUGGCAAUGCACUACAAGCCGCAGCAAGUGACGGAAACGAAUCGAUUGUCCAGCUUCUCCUCCAGCAUGGGGCAGAGGUCAAUUCUCAGGGUGGUAAGGAUCGCAAUGCACUAAAAGCCGCUGCAGGAAACGGAAAUGAAUCGGUUGUGCGGCUUCUCCUCAAGCAUGAGGCGAAGGUGAAGGGUAAGGGCGGCUAUUAUGGCAAUGCACUACAAGCCGCCGCAUCCAGGGGAAGCGAGUCGGUUGUGCGGCUUCUACUGGAGCACGGGGCGAAGGUGGAGGCUCGGGGUGACGUUCAUGGCAAUGCGCUACAU